AUGGGUUUUGGAAAUUUUACAGAACUUUGUCAACAGGCUUCCAUACCCUUGUGCACAAUUUUAACAAACCCAAUCGAUAAGCAACUAGAAUCAAUCUCAAUAGGUGUAAUCCCAAAAUGUUAUGCCAGAAGUAUUAUAUUAGCCAACACUAUGAUCUUUCAAAUAGGUACAGCUUUCAUAAACAUUGGUGCAUUAAUUUUGGUUGUCGUGAUUUUAUUCAACAUUAAAAGCAAAUAUACUGCAAUCGGAAGAAAUGAAAUGAUUUAUUUUUUUGAAAUAAUUUUUAUUCUCUCCUUUUUGAGUUUAAUAGUUGAUUGUGGAGUUGUUCCCCCAGGUUCAGAUACUUUUAAGUAUUUUGUAGCAAUUCAAAAUGGUUUCUCCUCAAUGGCUUGCUGGACUUUGAUGAUAACAGGUUUAACAGGGUUUGAAAUUUGGGAAGAUGGAAAAAAGAAAGCAAUGUUCUUACUAAGAUUAUCAAGUUUAGUAUUUUUCGCUUUAUCCUUCAUCAUCUCAUUAUUCACAUUUCAAAAUUGGUUUGAUGGAAUCAAUUUAAAUCAAACUGUUCCAUUGUUUAUCGUAUUAUAUAUUAUAAAUGCUGUGUUUGUGCUUGUCUAUAUCAUCUCUCAACUGAUUUUAUCACUCUUUAUUCUUGAUAAUAUUUGGGCUUUUGGUGCUUUCUUAUUAGGUGUAUGCUUUUUCAUAGCUGGGCAGGUCUUACUAUAUGCUUUAUCGAAUAUAAUUUGCGAGGGUUGCAACCAUUACUUAGAUUCUUUAUUCUUUACAUCCUUAGCAAAUGUCUUUACCUACAUGAUGUUGUUCAAAUAUUGGGAUAUGAUAACAUUGGAAGAUUUGGAAUUCAGUGUUGCAAGUAACGAAAACCCAACUGAUCCAGGAAUGGGUCUUUAUCAUGAUGAUGACAAAUCUAGUAUUUUCACUCAACUUCGUUAG